CCCGGGCUAGGGCCGCCUGUGUGAGGGGCCAGUGGUCUGGCCCUCCAGUGUCCUCGCCAAGUGGGAAGUGGAGGGAGGGACCCUCCUUGCUGUUCGCCAUGAGUUUCCUGAUAGACUCCAGCAUCAUGAUAACCUCCCAGCUCGCGGCGUGCGCUCUCCACACCCGGACCGACAGCCCGAGGAUGGUGCGUGACUUGCCGAGUCCGGUUUCCUCGGUCCUCCUCGUCGGGAGGUUGGCCUGCGGUCAUCCGCGCCCUCACCCGGCUUCCAGCCCCGCACUCUUUGGUCCAUUUUCGGAAGGGGUCAGCUGGCCUCAGCGCUGAAAGCCGGUGCCUGGAGAAAGAAGCGGUCCCCAAAGUGCCCCGGCUACGGCGCCGCUGACCCACGGGUAGGGGAAGAAUGUGGUUCCGGGUGCAGGGAAUUCGGCGCGCCAGUCCGGUCUGACUCCUGGGAACACGUGGAGGCUUUGCUGAUACUUUUCUUUGGAUUUGGGUGGCUUUUCUUCAUGCGCCAAUUGUUUAAGGACUAUGAGGUACGUCAGUAUGUUGUUCAGGUGAUCUUCUCUGUGACUUUUGCAUUUUCUUGCACCAUGUUUGAGCUCAUCAUCUUUGAAAUCUUAGGCGUACUAAAUAGUAGCUCCCGUUACUUUCACUGGAAAAUGAACUUGUGUGUAAUUCUGCUGAUCCUGGUUUUCAUGGUGCCUUUUUACAUUGGCUAUUUUAUCGUGAGCAACAUCCGACUGUUGCAUAAACAGCAGCUGCUUUUUUCCUGUCUCUUAUGGUUGACCUUCAUGUAUUUCUUCUGGAAACUAGGAGAUCCAUUUCCUAUUCUCAGCCCAAAACACGGGAUCUUGUCCAUAGAACAGCUCAUCAGCCGAGUAGGUGUGAUUGGAGUGACUCUCAUGGCUCUUCUUUCUGGAUUUGGUGCUGUCAACUGCCCUUACACUUACAUGUCCUACUUCCUCAGGAAUGUGACUGACACAGAUAUUCUAGCCCUGGAACGGAGAUUGCUCCAAACCAUGGAUAUGAUCAUAAGCAAAAAGAAAAGGAUGGCAAUGGCAAGGAGAAAUAUGUUCCAGAAGGGGGAGGUGCAUAACAAACCAUCAGGAUUCUGGGGAAUGAUAAAGAGUGUUACUACUUCAGCACCAGGAAGUGAAAUGACAGAUCUUACUCUUAUUCAACAGGAAGUGGAUGCUUUGGAAGAACUAAGCAAGCAGCUUUUUCUGGAAACAGCUGAUCUAUAUGCUACAAAGGAGAGAAUAGAAUACUCAAAAACUUUCAAGGGGAAAUAUUUUAAUUUUCUGGGUUACUUUUUCUCCAUUUACUGUGUUUGGAAAAUUUUCAUGGCAACCAUCAAUAUCGUUUUUGAUCGGGUUGGGAAAACUGAUCCUGUCACAAGAGGCAUUGAGAUCACUGUGAAUUAUCUGGGAAUCCAAUUUGAUGUGAAGUUCUGGUCCCAACACAUUUCCUUCAUCCUGGUUGGAAUAAUCAUCGUCACAUCCAUCAGAGGAUUGCUGAUCACUCUUACCAAGUUCUUUUAUGCCAUCUCCAGCAGUAAGUCCUCCAAUGUCAUUGUCCUGCUAUUAGCACAGAUAAUGGGCAUGUACUUCGUCUCUUCUGUACUGCUAAUCCGCAUGAGUAUGCCUCUUGAAUACCGCACCAUCAUCACUGAAGUCCUCGGAGAACUCCAGUUCAACUUUUAUCACCGUUGGUUUGAUGUGAUCUUCCUGGUCAGCGCUCUUUCAAGCAUACUAUUCCUCUAUUUGGCUCAUAAACAGGCACCAGAGAAACACAUGGCACCUUGAAAUCAUGCCUGUUACUGAGUGCUAAAGGCUAGUAGUGUCAGAAUUUGGAUUAAGAGGAGAAAAAUGGUGGGGACUAGGACCUAAUAUUUUUUGAAACAAACAUAAAAAUGCUGUGGUAGCAUAUUCUGCCUCCAGCAUACACCUUCCUCCUCAAAUGAUACUGUGAUCACGAGAACAUGAGAGAAGUAACUUGAACCAGCGCUCAGCAGAGGGCAUUCUGUGUUCAUUUGAGGCUGGUGUAGUAUGGGAUGAAAAAGGAGCCAAGAAACUAGGGGGAAAAGCAUACACUGGAACUCUGGGUAGGAGAAGUCUAAGGUAGCAGGGCCAACCACAGGCUUUAAGUCAGGGUUCAAGAUUCAAAUGGAGAAGGUCAUGGGUUUCCCUUUACAUUGUUAAAAUCAGAGAUUGGAACACAAAGUCCUUUUAAGAUCCUUAGGUUCAUUUUAUCAAGUAUAUUACAGUAUAUGUUACACUUAUAUGCUCUAACUUGAGUCGGCAUCCUGCCCUUGCUCUCCCCAUUCCCUGCCCCAUUAAAAUAAUCAAGAGGUUAGCUUUUAUUUUCUAGGGGAGGGGUGGUAUACAAAUGAAAUACAUUCUACCAAAAGAGAGACUUACAAGCAUGUUAUUUUUCUUGAUUUCCUUUUAACUUAGAAUUACUUAAGGGUGACUAUCCUACCUGCAAUUUAGUAAUUAUGCCUCUUUUUUUCUUUCGGUUUCCCCCCAUGCUGUGGGUUAAAGAGUGAAUAACUGUUAACUGGAAUAAGUCACUUUUCCUAUCUGGGGUCUCAAUUUCUUCAUCUGUAAAAGGAAGACGUUGGAAAAUUUGUAGUAUACUCAAAAAUACAACUUAGGAAAAUCCUGAAUUUUAUUAUCUGGAUGUCAGUGUUUUUACUAAGGUUUUUUUUCUACACUGUGUUUGGGGUUUCUAGAGACAUUAAAACAAAUGAAGUUUAAAUCAUAAAAAGUUUACCAAAAACAAAAACACUAUUAAGGACAUAUCAGUUAACAGGGACGUUUCAAGCAACUCAAAAGGCAUUUUUAAUGUUAUUUAUUCUAGCAACCACAACAUUCUUACAAAAGCAUAAUUUUAAGUGUUAUCUGCUGAGAUACUUUAAUUAGCAGCUCUCACAUAUACAGAUUAAUAAAUCAUCUUUGGUGUUCAUGGAGCCUAUAGCAGUAAGAGUUACAACCAUACAAGGAAAUGUAGUUAAAUUGAAGCUUAAAAGAGAUCAUAUGAAAAAGAUGCUGGCUCCUGUCUUAGCUUUUUCUAAGUGGACCAUAAAUAAGCCAUCUGCUCUGGCUGCCCCUAAGACAAAUAACAGUGGAGGACAAUCACAAAUGAUGAACUGGUUUCCAGAGUAGCUCUUUAGCGGAGACAGUAAAUGGAUGACAGCUCAUUCCUUGAGAAAGGAUUCCUAGUAAAUACCCAGAAACAGCUACUAGCCAAAGCCAUUAUUUGUUCUCAUCACAUCUCUGUAUCUUCAGAAUUGGAAGAAGAAAAAGAGGCUGUACUGUGGGCCUGCACAAAUGAAAACAAAGAAUUUAUAAGUGGCAGGGUGUGACCAUCAGGAGGUGAAAGAUCUGUUCUAGAGUUGCUUAAGUCACUUAAGUCAGGGAACAGAGGUAGUCUCUAGAAGCCAGGUGACCUGAGUUCUACACUUGACCUUGUUUCUACCUGCUGUUUGACACAUUAACAAAUUUCUUAUUGCUUAUGUUUCUUUUCUGUAAAACUAGCAUUGUACUGUAAUUGAUUUCCUAAAGAGCUAUUAUAGAACUUCUAAAAGACAACUAGAAUAGUUUCUUAAAACAUUGUAAAAGAAAACUCAAUGUCUAAUGUGCACAUUAUUAAAAUCAGUUUUUGUUCUUUAUAUCACUAAUCAGUAGAGCUAAUGUAGUAGAAAGACUAAUAUUGAAUUAAACUUUGAGUCCCAACUUUGCCAUAAAUUUCCUUUAAGAACUUGGAUAAGUCACUUCACUAUAAGUUCAUCUAUAAAAAUAAAUUGGACAAAAAAUGUAAAA